AUGGCAACAGACGUGUGCACUACAACGACAGAAGCUCAGAAGCUGCAGCUUCGUGGCGAGACUUCGAUCAACUAUGAAGAAGAAAAGUAUCAAUAUGAAAACUACUUGCCGCACUUCGUCCCCGGCCUCCAAUCCCCUCUCAAAGAGUUCAGUCACGUCGAUGUCGGACUAAGGGCAGACCCUGAGAAGACGUUCCUGCUGAAAGCUCCAGGAGUGACCCACGAAGAGAUCACGCCGGCAAUCGGGACAGAAAUCCAUGGAGUUCAGCUCAGUCAACUGGACUCGGCGCAGCUGGAUGAAAUGGCGCUCCUGGCAGCAGAACGCGGAGUGGUCCUGUUUCGAGACCAAGAUUUUGCCGACAUUGGCCCCGAACGUCAGAAACGCUAUGGGGAGCAUUUUGGACCUCUUCACGUUCAUCAGAUGGGUGGUCAGAUAAAGGACUAUCCCGAACUGCUUCCAGUAUAUCGGGACUUUACAGCCGGCGCUGUUGACAACGAAAUCAAGGAUAAUGUGACCAGCGUGAAGUGGCAUAGCGACAUGAGUUAUGAGAUCAAUGGAAUGGGAACCACGACAUUUCUCGCGUUGAAUACACCCCCCUCUGGAGGUGACACCUUGUAUCUUUCCACAACGGCCGCAUACUAUGCCCUAUCCGAUACUUAUCGUACGUUGCUUCACGGCUUGAAAUCUGUUCACUCCGGCUUCUCGCAGGCUGCGGUGCACGAUCAUAGACAGCGGUACAUCAGGGACCCCAUUGAGACCGUCCAUCCCAUCGUCCGCAUCCACCCCGUCACCAAAAGGUUGUCCUUGUACAUCAACCGGCUAUACACCAAGAGGGUCGUGGGAAUGAAGCAGGAAGAAAGCGCUUCGUUGUUGGGGUUCUUGUUUGACCACAUCGAGAGGGGGCAGGACUGGCAUCUGCGAGUGCACUGGAAACAGGGAACGGUCGUGGUGUACGACAACAGGAACACGCAGCACUCCGCGCUGAGGGACUUUCGAGUUGACGAGGGAAUCACGCGGAGGCACAUGCUUAGGAUCACGCCGCAGGCCGAGAGGCCAUACUUCGAGGAUCUAGGGCGCCUGAAUUCAUGA